UCAAUAACGGGCACACAGUAGGGCCUUAUUAAAUGCUUGUUGAUUGACUGCUUGGUCCGAGAGAGUUCUCCUCUUGUGACUCAGACUACUUCUCCUCCCGGCUAGUGAGGACUCAUUGGAAUAGCCCCCGCCCCAAAGCCGCCCAAAAGGGCAGCGUUAAAUCCAAGGCCCCACCCCGACCCUGGGGGUGGGGUGGGGUGAGGGUGGGGUGGGGGGUGGGACUCAAGCUAGACCCCAAGGGCUGGGAUCGUCACCCCGGCAGUCAACAGCAGGCGUCCGGAAAUGGCCCCGGAUUAAAAGCAUGGGAACGCGGCCAGAACCCACAGCAGUCGGGAGCUGGGCCCGGGCGCCCUCGCCUCCCCAAGGAAAGGUGUCCGGGAACCGACGGGCCCUUCCCGUCACCCACUAAGAGCAAGGGAGCCAGCUCCGCCAAGAGCGGGAGAAGUCCUUAGCCCAUCUGCCAUCUCCCCGGCCCGCCCCCGGACUGACCACCUCCCGGCCAGGCUCCCUAGGAACCUCAGGGCGCGCUCACUGGGCCCUGACGUCAGGCGACAGCACAAGAGGAGACCGCGGAGCCCCGCCUCUUCCCAGCCCUGGUCCCACCUUCCUUUCUCCCCCUCGUCCCGCCAUACCCGUUCUGGACAGUGUUCGGAGCGCAUGCGCUCUGAUUGCAAAGCCCAGGGUAGGAUGGACGGCUGCCCAGAGGAUCAUGCAAUGAACUGGUUGGACAGAGAAACCCAGGAGCGUCUGUACAGGCAGGGCCAGGAGCUGCUGCAGCGGGCGCGGAGGAGAGCUGUCAACUCCCCAGGAGAGGAAGAUCCUCGGGAGGGAAAAGAAAAGUCAAUAAAACUCGAUACCGCAUUUAAAGUGAUGAUGGAAUAUAUGGAUUACAUCUCAACUCAGUGUGGGAGAUGUCAUACUCCUGCAACAGAAAAAGCGGCACUGAAUCAUGUCUGCAAAUAUCACCAAAACCAGGUGGACCCAAUGUCCUCUCCCCAGGUGAGACAGAAAAAAUCCACAUCUCACCACCUUAGAGACAGCAACCAAGGAAUAAAGAUUGGCCCAGACCCAACAAAUAUUGUUCCAGGACCAUCCAGGUUUGACCCAGGACCAUCCGCCUUUCACCCAGGACCAUCCACCUUUGACCUAAAACAAUCUACCUUUGACCCAAGACCAUCUACCUUUUACCCAAGACCAUAUACUUUUGACUUAGUACCACCCACCUCUGACCCAGAACUAUCCACAUUUGACUCAGGAACAUCCACGUUUGACCCAGCAUCAUCCACUUUUGACGCAGGAUCACCCACGUUUGACCCAGCACAAGUCAGGUUUGAGCCAAAACAAGUCAGGUUUGACCUAAGACCACCUAGGUUUGAACCAGAACUCUCCACGAUUUACUCAGAACCAUCCACGAUUUUCUCGGAACCAUCCACAAUUGAGUCAGAACUAUCCACGAAUGACUCGGGACCAUCCAGUAAUGACUCGGGACCAUCCUCGCUUGACCCAGGACCAUCCACACUUGCCCUGGCACCAUCCACAAUUGCCCCAGGAGUAUCUACACUUACCCUGGAACCAUCCACCCUUGCCCCAGGACCAUCCAGGUCUGAUCCGGGACCAUCCACACUUGGCCCAGGACCACCACGCUUGCCCCGGCACCAUCCACAAUUGCCCCGGGACCAUCCACACUUGGCCCAGGACCAUCCACGCUUGCCCCGGCACCAUCCACAAUUGCCCCGGGACCAUCCACGCUUGCCCCGGGACCAUCCCACGCUUGGCCCGGGACCAUCCAGGUUUGAUCCAGGACCAUCCACGCUUGGCCCAGGACCAUCCACGCUUGCCCCGGGACCAUCCACGCUUGGCCCGGGACCAUCCACGCUUGGCCCGGGACCAUCCACUCUUGGCCCGGGACCAUCCACUCUUGGCCCGGGACCAUCCACGAUUGCCCCAGGACCAUCUAGGUUUGAUCUAGGACCAUCCACUUUUGCCCUGGGACCAUCCACGCUUGGCCCGGGACCAUCCACGAUUGCCCCAAGACCAUCUAUGCUUACCCUGGGACCAUCCAGGUUUGAUCCAGGGCCAUCCACACUUGGCCCGGGACCAUCUAUGCUUGCCCCGGAACCAUCCAGGUUUGAUCCAGGACCAUCCACACUUGGUUCGGGACCAGCCAGGUUUGAUCUGGGACCAUCCACACUUGGCCCGGGACCAUCUAGAUUUGAUACGGGACCAUCCAUGCUUGCCCUGGGACCAUCCAGAUUUGAUCUAGGACCAUCCACUCUUGGCCCAGGACCAUCCACGCUUGCCCCGGGACCAUCCAGGUUUGAUCUAGGACCAUCUACAUUUACCCCAAGACCAUCUGCCCCAGGACCAUCCAGGUUUGAUCCACGACCAUCCAGGUGUGACUCAAGACUAUUCAAGUCUGUGGGCAGAACAAGUUCCAAGGACAUCACGAUAGAGGUUUGUCCAGGGACCUAUGCUGUCACAGUGGGGUCCCCUAAUGUAACCACAACGCACAUGAUAGAGAUUGACUCAGGACAAAUCAUCGAUUUGAAUUUCCCUCUCUGAUACUGGUCAACCUCUUCUUUUAAAUAGCGAAGAGAAUUAAGCAAGCCACGAUGUGGUCCUCUUUGUUGUCACUAUUUGUACACAAAUAGUACAACUAUGAAGUGCCUUCAGUUCUCCCAAGAGCUCUGCUCUGUCUUGGAAACUGUUUUAGUUUUAACCUCAGUGCUCUGAAAGGGGAGAGGAUGGAUGUAUCUCCUGUUUCCCUGGUCUAAAUAUAAGGAAUAAUGUGCCUUGAAACUUGUUUGUAAAAUUGUGAUUAUUUUCUUUUUCCCUACAAAGUUAAUCAUGGAAAUAAAGACAGAAAUUUUCAAAGAGAUUUCAUUCAGAUUUCAUU